AUGGACACGCCAAUAGGCCACAAAGAUAAACGACCAAGGGUAGAGGUAUGUAGUAGUGAUUUUCAAACAAAAAGCACCUUUAAAUGACAAAAAGGCACGUAGGGCUCAGCCAAAUGGUACCAUAAUGGCGUCGAAACGUGUGGAAACAGGCCUUUUCUCCGUAACCUGCCCCAUUCCCCAUCGGCUAUUAUUUAAUUCUAUCUACCUCCCCCCCUGACCUGUUUCCUUGAUUGCCUUCUGAGCUCCUGAUGAGACAAGGCUUUCAACCUUUUGUUGACAUAGGAUGUUUUUUGUUUUUAAGGAUGAGCUCAUCAUGUCUUAUUAAUUUAUUGUUUAGACCGGGGUAACAUGAGUUUACAAUAGUAGACGGAUUAUCAUAGGUAGGUCACUCAUUUUUACAGCUAUCAUCAGAGGAGGAGCUGGAAAUAAGAACCUGCCUAGCAGCAAUUGAAAUGGAGGAAAAGAAAAAGGAAAUCAAGGAAAAAGAAAAUGAAUUGAGGGAGAAAGAAGAAGAGUUAAAGCAAAAAGAAAGAAAAAGUGAAAUUGAGGAAAAAGAAAAAGAGUUAAAAGAGAAAGAAGAAAAAUUAAAACAAAAGGCAAAAGAAAUAAAAAAAGACCACAAUGGAAGCCAAACGGGUGGCUGCCCAGCUCCAACUUAUGGCUGAGCAGCUUGAUCGUUUGGCCAACCGCAUUCUUUCACAAGUGAAGAAUGAAUAAUUUAAUUUAUAUUUAGGCAAGUAAAAGCCUUAAGUUUGGAAUGUUGUUGUUCAUCGGACAACCUAAAUAUACAGUAAUUGGCCUUUUACUAUUUUUAAAAGGCCUUGUUUUGAUAACAUUACCCCGGAAAGAGUUUUUCCCUCGCGCACACCUAAAGCCUUCAGUUCUGACACCCAUGAUUAGGAUUCCUGACUACAAUUCGCUCACCUAUUGUGACAAUCAAUAAUUACAUAAUAAGAAAAUAUGAUGCUUGGUCAUGCAUCUCUCUAACUAUUUACUGCCUUCUACUCUUCUAAAAACGAGCUAUUUUCCUGAUAAAUUGUCAGUUCAAUGUUUUUUUAAAAAAAAACAGAAUCCUCUGUACUUCACUUAAGGCCAUAGUCAGGAGUCACAGGCCCCUACUGUUAUAGUGUAACAAGUCAGUCUUAUUCUUUUUAGUUUUUCUGAUAUUAUUUCUAAAAUGCACAUAGCUACACUAACUACUAUUUGCUUUUAGGUGAAUAUAAUAACUUUAUUAACAGCUUUAGGGAUGAUCCUUGGCGAUUUCAAUGUUGAGCUUCAUAGCGCAUCGAAUUCUCUCCAAUCGCAUUGUGUUGAAGUUAUUAUCGUAGAAUGGAACAAAGAAAAAGACCUAAAAGAUAAAAUGAGAAAAAAAAAGAUCACAUGAAAACUGUAUUUGUCAUGAAUAAAAAAUGAAUUCAUGGGUUAUUAGUAACUUUUUUAGGGAUGUUACUAAAACGGAGAACAGGGAACGGGGAAUGGGGAACAGGGAGUGGGGAUGAGACAUGGGAAGGGGAAAAUGAAAAAUGGGAACAUAACAGAGAAUUUAAAAUGAAGUUCCUGAUACUGGGGCUGGAUUUCAAGCUAGGUCUCAUUCCAAUUUUUCUUUUUGCAUUCCUGGUACUCGUUCCCCGCUUCCAGUUCCCUGUUUUAGUAAUAGUAGUAAUAUUUAAUAAUAGUCAUUGCUUUUAUUGCUCAUUUUAACAUUAAAAGAUAUGAUCAAAUGUGCAUAUUAAAACACUUGAACAAGACUAAAAUAAAAGAUAUAUUACACACUCUCUAUAUACUAAAGCUUAAUCAUUUGUUACAUUUCCUUCCUAAUAGGUAAUUUAGCAUAACUCAUAAAAAGUAAGAAGUAAAAAGAGAAGAUAAAAGUAGAAAAUAAAAACCUACGAUAGCUCAAGACAGGUCGCUAUAGGCCUCUUUAAAAUAGUGCGUCUGAGUCUUAAACUUAUCAAAAUCAUUCUCUUUCCUAAUACAGUCCAGUAAACCGUUCCAUAUCUUUGGAGCAGCUGCAGUGAAUGAUAUGUCCCCAAGAGUGCCUUUGAACUUAGAG